AUGGAACAAAACAAUUCGUAUAGUACUUAUAAUGACGUAAAAAUGGAUAUUGAUACUGAUGAAAUUGAUUAUUCUGCUAUGGAAGCAAGAAAUGAAAUACAAGGACAAACCCAUACGCGCCAAGAAAAUGAUGGUCAUUUAAGCGAAAAUGAAAGAAUAUAUAACAAAGAUCCUUCAUCCUCCUCACAAUCUCACAAAAAAAAAUCAAACAGACGAUCACGUAACGAGAUUGCUGUUGAAACAAAAAAGGAUAUCAUGAAGACAAGCGAAUUGCAAGCUCUCUUACCUCGUAGAAAACGUACAAAGAGUGAUCCUAAAGGAAAAAAACCAAUGUAUGAUUAUGCGUCAGACAAUGAUAUUGAGGAGGAUAGAUAUUGUAAAAUCGGAGGUUCGUCAAAAAAAGCAAAAUAUAAAUCCGGUCGAAAGGACAAGGCCAAUAAGAGUGAUGAUGAUUUGGAUGAGAAAUUAAAACGAGAGCGUGAAGACCGAAUCCGACAUUUUCAAGAUAUUGAUCAGUACGUUUUGCCAGUAGAAGUUGUUAUUGAUUAA